AUUCGUGAGAUUUACAACACGCCUGAAAAUAUUGGCUUUUGGCAUGGCGGCGGCAGUAUAUCGUUGGCGUACAUAGCGUGAAUUCGCGGCACGCUUUGUUCGUUGCACAUUCCGCUGCAUUGUCAACGCUAAGGACGGCAACGCUGUGUAGAUAGAUAUAUUGAAAUCGCAAAGUGCCGGACAAAAGUAACUGGCACACAAAGCAUUUUGCAAAGGGCGAACGCGAUUUCGAUUUCGAUUUUUUUUCUUCUUCUGUUUAAGUGAAAAAAACGCUAUUGUUUUCGGUGCAUUGUGUCAAAUAGUAAAGAGUGCAGAAAAAAAGUUCAAAAAAAUACAGCAAAAACUCAACGUGCCAAGCCACUGCUGUGACUACUACACACAAACGCUUUAGCGGCCGUAGCGCAGUGACGCGUCACCACAAAGCACGCCGCCAACAAAAAAAACAUAAAAAAAUAUUAAAAAAUUAACAAAAAAAGACAGAAAAAAAUUUAAAAACAAAAUCCAACAAUAAUAAAAAAAACACUUACAUUGCAACAGUAGCAAAAGCAUUAUCGCUAUUGCGGCCUCACAUCCGCCGAUUCGUCAACCUGCUGGCAUUAGGGUGCUGUGGCACAAAGCGGCUAAUUAACUGAAAAUCGCCUGCUGAAAUAUUCAUCCUGUCUAUUUGAGUUUGAUUGUGUCAUUGUUGUUGUUGUUUUUUUAUUCGAUUGUCUUGUUUUUGUUUGUUGUUUGUGUUACGCCGCCACGCAGCCCAUUGUUGUCUGUCUGUGCCUCUGGUCGCGUUCAGCGCAGACACUCAGACGCCAUUGAAUUGCAUGUUUGUUGUUGUUGUUGCCAUUAUUUAACAGCGCAUCGUUAAUUGCAACAUCCGUCGUCGCCAUGUUGGUACCGCCGGAUAUGUUGGCGGCGCAAACGCGCAUGAUUUACCAGAUGAACCGCUACUGUGCGGAGCGCGUUCAAGCGCGUAUGUUCAAAACGGCCACAGCCAUAAGAGAGAUCUGCAAAAUCGUACAGGACAUUUUGAAGGAGGUGGAGUUGCAGGAGCCGCGUUUCAUCUCCAGUUUGGUGGAGUGCAAUGGCAGAUUUGAGGGCGUCCAAGUGAUCUCGCCGAAUGAGUUCGAAAUUGUCUUGUAUCUCAAUCAAAUGGGUGUGUUCAACUUCGUCGACGAUGGCACUUUACCCGGCUGCGCGGUGCUCAAGCUGAGCGAUGGUCGCAAGCGUUCCAUGUCGCUGUGGGUGGAAUUCAUCACGGCGUCGGGUUAUCUGUCUUCGCGUAAGAUACGCUCGCGUUUUCAGACGUUGGUCGCGCAAGCGUGCGACAAGAGCAUUUAUCGUGAUAUGGUGAAAGUGAUCGGCGAUACAACCGAAGUUAAGCUGCGCAUUCGUGAGCGUUUUGUCGUGCAAAUAACGCCGGCUUUCAAAUGUUCCGGUAUAUGGCCGCGUUCGGCGGCUCAUUGGCCGCUGCCGCAUAUACCCUGGCCACAUCCGAAUAUCGUGGCCGAAGUGAAGACGGAAGGCUUCGAUUUGCUGUCGAAAGAAUCAAUUGUCAUGCAGAAUAAGAACAAUAAUGCCGCGAUGGAGGGCGAUGCUUGGGUGCUGAGUUUCUUCGAAGCGGAAAAUCGUCUACUACAGGGUGGCUGCCGCCGUCGCUGUUUGAGCAUACUCAAGACAUUGCGUGAUCGUCACCUCGAUCUGCCCGGCAAUCCGAUCACCGCUUACCAUCUGAAGAAUCUACUGCUCUACGAAUGUGAGAAACAUCCGCGUGACUUCGAAUGGGACGAGCCGUGCAUCGCUGAUCGCAUCAACGGUAUCUUUCUGCAGCUGAUCUCGUGUCUACAAUAUCGCCGAUGUCCACACUAUUUCCUACCGACACUCGACAUGUUCAAAGGCAAAUCGCCCAGCUCGCUGGAGCAGGCGGCCAAGCAGGUUUGGUGUUUGACACGCGAAAUGCUGACCAAUGCGAACGCUUUCGAGAAGCUCUAAAGCCAACACGCCGCGUGUAUUUAUUUAUAUAAAAAAAAACAGAUAAUGAAUAAAUAAAAUUUUAUAGAUAGAGCAACAACAACAACUACAACACAUUAGCAGUAAGAAUAGCACUUAAAAAGGCAAAGGCGAGGAAGUGCAUAGAAAUAUUGCUGCUGAGCGCUGAGCCAUCCUAGCAUCCAUGUCUGGUUGCAACUUUAUAGUUACAUAUGCAUAUGUGUGUAUGUAUGUAUGUAUGUGAAUGAGUAUAUUUUCACGAUUGCAAUGCGCUGAUAACACUGACAGCCCUGGUGUCAAUUGGCUGCUGUGUGAGUGCCGCUUCAACGACGAGGGUGCUGAGGAUGUGGCAGCGUGUCUAUGAGUACUCACAUGGCCAUACAUAAAUGCAUAUAUUUCUACACACAUACAUACAUGGAUAUACUUUUACAAUGCCUCACAUGCAUAUGUUGCAUUCAUGUAUUGUACCGUGUGCAUGCUGCAUGCCACAUCAUCCAUGUGAAGUGCUAAAAAAUCGCAUUUGAUAAAAUCUGCAACAGAAAACUACUUCAUUUUCAAAUUGUAUUCAUGGCGAUUUGGCAGGCCUUCCGGCAAUGAGUCCCCAGCAGCCGGCACAAGGUUAGAUUCGCAGCGAUAGCAACGCGUGUACACGAUUGUAGUUAUGUCUGUCUGUUCACAAGCAUGCAUAUGUUGAUGUGCCGCCGGAGAUAACGUCAUCUAUGGGAUUAUCCUUGCGUUAAAUAUCCUUUUUUAUGUGUGUUUUUUGGCACUCGUCUUUUAGGCGCUUCGUGUAAAAUGUGUAAAAGGUGCAGUUGAGUAUUUCUUAUGGUUUUUUUCGCACAUGUGGGGAAGCUUAUGUAUGUACAUACACCUAUCUACAUUUUUAUAUUUACAUAUUUGUAUGUACGUAUACAUAUGUAUAUGUAUGUAUAUUGUUUUCACGUAUAAGUAACUAAUAUGUAAGCUCUUCACCAAUUAAUUAUGCAAUCAGCUGUCGCACAUGUAACUGUGCAUACGAACAAUUUUACAUAAUAACUACUAUUUAACUAUGUACUUAUAUACAUAUUUACAUAAUACUAUAUACUUAGCUGUAAAGCUAUUCCUUACCUUAUUAAGCCUCUUUUCUGAAAUGCUCUAUGAAAGGAAAGGUAUAAGAUAAAACAGAUUUAUGAAUUUUAAAAUCUAUACAUAUUUGUAAAAAAGUAAUUAAAUUA